AUGGAAAGGCUCACCCGGCCAGCGAACCGCCAAAAGGACCCGCCCUGCACGCACACUCGCGUCGCCAAAAUAUUUGCCAGCGCUCAAGCAUCCGCCGCCUCCCAUAGCAGAAACUGCGUCGCGCUCUCCCAGCUUCACGAAAGCGACUGCCGGCGCAAAUGCUCAGGUGCAGACCCAGAAGAAGACAACUUCACCGCCCUAUUCCUUGAGAUGCUAUCACGCGUCCUGGCUACGAAGAAGGGUUACGUGUUCGGCGAUCGUAUCGUCAAAUUUGUUGCAGUUUAUAUAGCGCACAUAAAUAAGAGCGCCCGUAGCUUCGCUCAUGCCUUCACGCUCGAUGUUCUUCAGUGGCUCAAACCCGGGUGCUCUGCCAAGAACAAAAGCGUGAGGUAUCGCGUAGUGCACGUCAUCACGGAGAUCGUAGCGCAUUUACCUACUGGGAUCAACAAAUGUGAUAUCGCCACGAAAGUAUGGCAGGAGAUGAAGGAACGGGCGGAGGAUGUGGAAACAUCUAUCCGCAUGCUCGUCUUGGUAUUGCUCUGUAGUCUCUGCGACGACUUCCAGAGACAAGGCGAUCACAAUACACUCGCUAACAUCGAGGUCGUUGUUCACUAUAGCCUCGCCAGUGAUCCGUCUGCGGAUAUCCGUCAAGCCCUCAUACAGUUAUUGUAA